UGACCAAGAAGAAAGAAGACAGACGCUUGCGCAGCGAAGGCGACGGCGCGCGGUCGGAGGAGCAGCCGGCGUCAUGGUCCGCUCAGAAGAUUAGGCCAGUACGGGACGGUGAGGCGCCCUUUCUACCUUCAAAAUUGGCGCCAUGUCGUCGCACUACCUGCAGUUCCAGAAAGUGGCCAUUGACCGCGUCGAGCGGGUCAAGGCCAAGCUGGGCCUCAAGGACCGGAAGCACCACACGUCGCAGGCGUCGGCCGCCUCAUCGCAGCACGACAGGUCGCAGCUGCUGGCCACGCUCAAGACGGGCAAGUCGACGCCCACGGACACCAUCGAGCGGCUGCACGCCAAGGACCUGCCGCUGGACACGUUCCUGCGCAAGCACGACAAGCUGUGCCGGCCCGUGGUCAUCCAGGGUCUGCUGGACGAGUGGAAGGCGCUCGAGCGCUGGUCCCUCUACAACCUCGUCUCCAAACACAGCGACGACGAGUUCCUCGUGGGCCGCGACCAGAACCAAAACAGCGUGACGGUCAAGAUGAAGUACUUCGCCUACUACCUCAAGGAGUACCGGGAGCCGUCGCCCUUCCAGAUCGCCGACGACCUGGCCUCCGGCGGCAAGAGGCGGCUUCGCGACGACUACGAGGUGCCGUCGUACUUCAAGGACGACAUCUUCAAGUACGCCAGGGAGUCCGACCUGCCGCCGACGCGUACCUUCAACCUGGGGCCCCCGCUGGCUGGGGACAGGAUUCAGACGAACCCGCUGCACUGCAACCUGUGGAGCGCCCUGGUGCACGGCAGCCGCCGCUGGUGCCUCUUCCCGCACCACGUGCCGCAGGACCUGCUCUGCAACGACCACAGGGCGGCGCGCAAGGACCGCCGGCUCGAGACGGCCGUCGCGUGGUUCGAGCGCAUCUACACGAAGACGCAGUCCUCCCGCUGGCCCCGCUACUUCAAGCCCCUGGAAAUUCUGCAGGCCGCCGGAGAGGUUGUCUUCGUGCCCGCCGGAUGGUGGUACGUGGUGAUCAACCUGGACGUGUGCGUGGUGAUAUCGCACCACCACUGCAGCGCGAGCAAGCUGGCCCAGGCGUGGCCCAAGCUAACGCGCUCCAACAAGAAGCUGGAGCGCGCCUGGUUCGAGGCUCUGCGCCGGCGGCGCCCGGAGCUGGCCGCGCUGGUUCCGCGCAAGCAGAAGCGACGCCCGCGCGACAGCUAUUCGGACGCCAAGACAAACGACAGCAGCGCCACCUCGUGUUCGAGCGACGUCGACAAGGACGGCUCCGACGAAGUGGCCUCGGACAACUCCUGAGAAGCGCGCACCCGCAAGCGCAGCGAAAUUCACGACGACUCUGACGACUCGCCUCGGACCGCUCCUCACGCUACGCGGCAACCAUAAAAUUCCCCUCGGAUAUUCGCUUUGUC